UUUUUGGAAUUGGGGUUGUAUGAAUGUGUGUGUCAGCGUGUGUGUGUGUGUAUCUAUAUGUAUCUGAAUGUGUAUAUGUAUCUAUGUGUGUGUGUGUGUGUGUGGUUUUUCUAGCCCCAUAAUGGAGCAGUGUUCGUGCUCGUGCUCUGGCCCCCUGCAGUCAGAAUGGCGCAACAACAGUUUACAUUAAUGGUUUAUAUUAUAUAUCUAUAUAUAUUUGUAUGAAUCAGAAAUAACACAAAACCGAUUCAAAUAUUUACUUUUUACAGAUUUACAACUUAUAAUGACUUCAUAUGCUUCCAAUAAAUUAUGAUGACGUUUUGAGCUGUGUACAGGACUGUUGUAGGCUUUUGUUGAUUUGUUAUUGCAUUCUCGUUUAUUUUUUAUUCCAUAACUGUAAAAGAGAGGAAAUGGUGACGUAAUGUUAACUGAAUUAAGUGCGUGUGUGUGUGUGUGUGUGUGUGUGUGUGAGAGAGAGAGUGUGUGCGUGUGAGUGAGUGUGUGUGUGUGUGUGCGUGCGCUUUGCCACAUACAAGUAACAUACGCUGUAUGCGUGUGCGCGCGCUGGUGAACAAUCUGGUGUGUGUGUUUAUUGUUUGGCUGCUGUGAGCGUGUCUCAACUCUGUGUGUGCAUGUGUGUGUGUGUGCGCGCGAGUGUGCGCGCUCCUGUCUAAUCAGUAUGUGAGGAGGGGAGGCGGGCCAAGAAGGACUUACUGUAACGCGAUCGGCGCACGAACUCACUCCCUGCCUCACAGAGAGAGAGAGAGAGAGAGAGAGAGAGAGAGAGAGAGAGAGAGCUGGGUUUGAAGACGGAGCGCACGCGGGGUUUGUGCUCAGAGCAGCGGCGGCGGCGGUGUUGUUGCUGUUGCGCGCGCGGACUCGGUGGAAGUGGAGGACCAGCUCGUGCGCUUUAACACUCUACACUACUGGAGUUUUUUUAUCCGUUUUGGGUUUUUUUUUUUUGCUCUUCUGGGGGACCAUAAAACGGAGACAGCGCGCGCGAGAAACCAACAGGAACUUUAAAAAUCAUCCUUUAGAAAUAAUAAUAAUAAUAAUAAUAAUAAUAAUAAUAUCGAAAGACUUUUUUUUUUUUUCAGCUGAACUUUUUUCCCCUUUGAUGUGAACACACGUAUUGUUUCACGGAGGAUCACGAGGUGUUUUUUUGUGUGUGUGUGUGUGUUCUUUUUAUUUUAUUAUUAUUUUUUUUUUUAUAAAUCAUCAAGAUCUCUUCAGAUCUCGGGACCGAAGCGCGUUUGGCACGAUGGAUAUGACACACACUCUCACACACACACUCCUGCUGCUCGCGUGCUGCUGCUGCGGCUCCACAGCGCGAGCAGAGGCAGAAGGUGAGAAGUGUGGAGGACAAGUUGAUGCCACCGAUGCGGGUUACAUCACUUCGCCCGGUUACCCUUUGGAGUACCCGCCGCACCAGAACUGCGAGUGGGUGAUCACAGCCCCGGAACCCACCCAGCGCAUCGUGCUGAACUUCAACCCCCAUUUUGAGCUGGAGAGGCUCGACUGCAGGUAUGACUUCAUUGAGAUUCGAGAUGGGAACUCGGACUCGGCUGAACUUCUGGGGAGGCACUGCAGCAACAUCGCUCCCCCAGCCAUCAUCUCCUCUGGCCCCGUGGUCCACAUCAAGUUCGUGUCUGAUUAUGCUCACCAGGGUGCCGGGUUCUCACUGCGUUACGAGAUCCACAAGACUGGUUCGGAACAUUGUUUCCGGAAUUUCACGGCAGCGACCGGCCUGAUCGAGUCGCCCGACUUCCCGGACAAGUACCCUCACAACCUGGAAUGCUCCUACAUCAUCAUCGCCCCUCCUCAGACAGAGGUUACCCUCACCUUCAAGACCUUCGACCUGGAGAACGACCCUCUGCUGAUGACGGAGACCGAGUGCAAAUACGACUGGCUGGAAGUGUGGGAUGGACUGCCCCAGGUUUCGCCACUGAUUGGCCGAUAUUGUGGCAUGAAGAUCCCUCCGGAGAUCGUGUCCUCCACGGGUCUCCUGUCUCUCUCCUUUCACACCGACAUGGCGGUGGCCAAAGAUGGCUUCUCUGCACGCUACAACAUGACUCGUAAAGACGUUACUGACAGCUUCCACUGCAACACUGUGUUUGGCAUGGAGUCAGGAAAGAUCUUGGAUGAGCAGAUUUCCGCCUCGUCCUCGUUCUACGACAGCCGCUGGCUUCCUCGCAUGGCCCGUCUCAACAACGAGGACAAUGCCUGGACACCUGCAGAGGACAGCAACAAGGAGUACAUUCAGGUGGACCUACACUUCCUGAAGGUUCUAACGGGGAUCGCCACACAGGGCGCCAUCUCGAAGGAGACGCAGAAGUCCUACUAUGUCACCACCUUCAAGCUGGAAGUCAGCACGAACGGAGAAGACUGGAUGAUGUAUCGCCAUGGCAAGAACCACAAGAUAUUCCAUGCUAACACGGACCCUUCGGAAGUGGUGCUGAACCGCAUUCCUCAGCCCACCCUGGCCCGCUUCGUCCGCAUCAGACCCCAGACGUGGAAGAACGGCAUCGCUUUGCGCUUCGAGCUCUAUGGCUGCCAGAUCACAGACGCUCCAUGCUCUGAGCUCCAGGGCCUGCUCUCUGGCCAGCUUCCCGACUCGCAGAUCUCCGCGUCCUCGUUUCGAGAUCUCCACUGGGCCCCGAGCACGGCGCGCCUGGUGGCUAGCAGGUCCGGCUGGUUCCCCGCCCCGCCGCAGCCACUGGCCGGAGAGGAGUGGCUCCAAGUGGACCUGGGAACGGCCAAGACGGUGACCGGCGUCAUCACUCAGGGAGCGAGAGGCGGGGACGGAGGAACGAGCUCGGAAAACCGCGCCUUCGUACGGAAGUACCGCCUGGCCUACAAAAUGAACGGAAAGAACUGGGACUUUGUGAUGGACAGCAAGACCAGCAUGCCUAAGAUUUUCGAAGGCAACGUGCAUUUCGACAUGCCAGAGCUGCGGCGAUUCGAGGAGAUCGUGGCUCGGUUCAUCAGGAUUUACCCUGAACGCUGGUCUCCCGGCGGCAUCGGCAUGAGGAUCGAGGUUCUGGGAUGCAACCUUCCAGAAACCUCCACUGUUACCGUGCCAACUUCCACCGUCACGCGUUCUUCCCCUGCGGAAAGCAGCACGGCUCAUAGACUCAGCUCCCCAACCUCCAGCACAUCUCCCCCGUCUUCCAUGGUCCUGUGCGAUUUUGAGCAAGGUUUGUGCGGAUGGACUCAUGACCCCAACUCGGACAUCAUCUGGGCUUUGCACACCUCCAGCAAAAUCGCUGCCCAAGGCCAAAGUCAGGACCUCUCUUUAGGCUCCAACAGUCUGGGAAACUACCUAUACAUUGAAGCUAGUCCCAAGACACAGGGAAAGAAAGCCAGGCUCUUCAGCCCAGAGGUGGGCCCCGACACAGGGCCUCUGUGCUUGAAGUUCUCCUAUCAGCUAGAGGAUGAAGGAACCCUGCGGGUGCUACUGCGCAACCCGCUUCGAGAAGAAACCCUUCUCUGGGCUCUCCAUGGCAGCCAGGGUUCCAUGUGGAAGGAGGGACGCACCAUCGUACCUCGAUCCCCUAAGGAAUUCCAGGUGGUCAUUGAAGGCAUCUUUGAAAAGGCAACCACAGGCCACAUCUGGAUUGAUAAUAUCCAUAUGAGCUCCAGCACACCACUGGAGGAAUGUACACAACCUUUUGCUGCCUUUCCUCCAGAUAUGACUGUUAAAAAAGUGGACCCCAGAGGUAACCGUCUUCUCAACAGUCGGGACCACAUAGACACAGGUGUACAAUUCCCAGAAGGCACCACCGUAGAACCUUCCUCGGAGCCUCCGGUAACGCGAACGCCGGGCAAGGAGAAUCCUUGGCUUUCCACCCUGGACCCCAUUCUCCUCACCAUCAUAGUGAUGAGCUCUCUGGGAGUCCUGUUGGGCGCCGUGUGCGCUGGUCUUCUGCUGUACUGCACCUGCUCCUAUGGAGGCCUGACCUCGCGCUCCUCCACCACCCUGGAGAACUACAACUUUGAGCUCUACGAUGGCAUCAAGCACAAGGUGAAGUUUAACCAACAGCGCUGCUGCUCGGAAGCUUGAGGACUACCUUGCUGACGUUUAUCGGACAUGCAGAAUUCGGCGCUUUCAAGAGAGACCGGCCCCAUCUCUCGGUAUGCAUGUCACCACCUCGCUGCUUGUUGAAGUCGCGCUUCCUGCUAGCGCCGUCUUGCUGAGCUCGAAUGUUGCUUGGCUGGAUGCGGUUGGAUUCAAACGUGGAUUAUCGAAGGCUGCUUGGAGUUCUCUCUAGGGAAGCAUUUCCCCAGCUUUGCCUCAAAAUAGAUAUUAGUACAUAUCAGUUCUGUCUGUUCCAAAACAACAACAACAAAUCUCAUGAUAAGCUUUGGAUUCCGGAUGGGAGCCGGCGGAAUUGAGCCGAACUCUUACCAUCCUUAAACGCGGAGCUUUUGUGGCAUGUGACCGAUGGUGUGGUGAUGUUUGUUGACGUUCUUGAGCUUUAUUUUCCCUUCGUUUUUUUAUUUUUUUAUUUUUCAAAAUUUCCUAACUGUGAUGCCUUAAUGCUGGUCAAUCCGUCGGCUUUCCUUCCAAAACCGACCAAAACUGAUAUUUCAUUUUGGAAUCUUUACAUCCAUCCAGUGCUCGUUUAGUUCGGUGGUCUCGUUUCAUGUUUCGCUCUGGCUUUAGUAGAAAGACAAGAAACAAAAAAUGUAACCUUGUUAAGACAAGCCAAGUAGAGUUUCAUUAGGUUUAGUUUGAAGUCACGUGAUUAUGCUAGGUUUUGGUAUAAACAUGCAGGACCUUUUCUUUUUUUUUUAAUUUUUAAAUAUUGUUUUUUUUUUUUUAAUGGUGUAAAGCAACAGGGAAUUGUGUCAGUGCAACCUAUGGAUUGCUGUAAAUGGGACAUACUGCUGAGCUCAAUGGUAUUACAGAUUAACAACGCUCCGGGCAUUUCAAGAAAGAGUGGUUUUUGUGGUGAACACGGCGCCACGAGGAACACCAUCAUUGAGACUGAACCACCAAGGCCAAGCACUUAUCUGCUAGUCCCCCCCCCACCCAACCACCCCCAUUUUUUUCCCUCCAUACAAGGCUGAAGGUUAACAGGAGACAGGUUUAGUGAUGAAUUGGGUUCGAGCUUACAUCAGCUCCCUAGUGGCUUUCAAAGGCUUCUAGAUUGAAAAAAAAAACCUAACUGAGAUGGAGUAAAUCUUUUCCCAGUCCCACUGAUGGAUAUCAUCCACGACAAGCACGGGAACAUGCAUUCAUAUACGCUCUCUCUCUCUCUCUCACACACACACACACACACACACACACGUUCUGCUGACAUAUCAACCGUGUUACACCUCUGCAAAAACAAGACACGGAGGAGCGCACCGGAAUUAUGAGACUCCGAAUAGGGAAAAUGAACGCAUUGCGCUCCUGUCCGACUCGUCUAAAAAAAAAAAAAAAAAAAAAACUACUGGAAUGGGAACUUUUCCAAGUGCCUUGGAGCUGCUCUGGCACUCAAAAGACUCGAAGCUUUCGUCUGUGUCUCCAAACACUCGAAAAGACUUGAGAAAAAAAUAAAAAUAAAAAUCACAGCACUGGGUAGAUUUCCAGUUACGCUCUGGAAGGUUUGUACAGGGAAAGGAAAAAAAAAGGAAAAAAAAAAAAGUGCGCUUUUUAUGAUAAUUAUUGUUAUUAUGAUUAUUUAAUAAAGGAUUGAUAAAUAUCA